GCAGUAUGGGCCACACCGUCACUUCCACCAUCACGACCACCACAAUGGCCACCACAACGGCCACCACACUGCGCAUCUUCAUGCAAACCACCAUUUCCAAGGCCCUCCCCAUGGCCUCGGCCAUCAGCCGGUGGAGUUGCCGCCAGUUCCCGAGGGCAGCCGCUCUACCUUCGACCUCAACGAGACAAGCGCCGUGAAGCUCCGGCUGCUGGAGCAGCGUAUCGAGUCUGAGACUUCCACCCGAGAGCGCCGCAAGAACAACCU